ACUGCCCCGCCCGCGAGCCACUCCAUCACAAAAACCACCAACCCCAAAUCUCCGAGAGAGAGCGAGCGAGCGGAGGAAGAGAGAGUCGUAAUCCAUGGAGAAUAUCUGCGUCGGAGUCCGAGUUAGACCCACCGUACCCUCAGAACUCUCCAAUGGAACAUACUGGAAGGUUGAAGAAAAUCGCAUUUCUCUUCACAAGGUCCACGGCACCCCUAUCUCUGGCCUCUCUUACGCUUUCGAUCACGUAUGCGACGGAAGUUGCACCAAUGCUAGGGUUUAUGAGCUUCUUACAAAGGAAAUCGUGCACGCCGCAGUUGAAGGCUUUAAUGGUACCGCAUUUGCAUAUGGCCAAACCAGCAGCGGGAAGACUUUCACCAUGAGUGGCUCUGAAACUGAUCCGGGGAUUAUUCACCGGGCAGUUAAAGAUGUAUUUGCAAAAAUUCAAUUGAUCUCUGAUCGUGAGUUUCUUAUUCGAGUUUCCUACAUGGAAAUUUAUAAUGAAGAAAUUAAUGAUCUUUUUGCUGUAGAGAACAAGAAAUUGCAAAUACAUGAGAAUCUGGAGCGUGGCGUAUUUGUUGCAGGACUGCGGGAGGAAAUUGUUAACAACACUGAACAAGUGUUAAAGCUCAUACGCUCGGGAGAAGUUAAUAGGCACUUUGGGGAGACUAAUAUGAAUGUUCGUAGCAGUAGAUCUCACACGAUAUUCAGGAUGAUGAUUGAAAGCAAAGUGAAGGACACCAAUUUUUCCCGCGAUUACUCAACUAGUGAUGCUAUACGUGUCUCAGUCUUGAACUUGGUAGAUUUAGCUGGGUCUGAACGGAUUGCUAAAACUGGAGCCAGUGGAGUACGACUAAAGGAAGGAAAGCACAUUAACAAGAGCUUAAUGGUUCUGGGUAAUGUGAUCAACAAACUAAGUGAUGGUGCAAAACAGAGGGGUCAUAUUCCCUAUCGCAAUAGUAAGCUAACCCGCAUACUUCAACCUGCUCUCGGUGGCAAUGCUAAGACUUCAAUAAUAUGCACUAUAGCACCUGAGGAGGUACACAUUGAGGAAACGAAGGGAACUCUCCAAUUUGCUAGUCGAGCCAAGUGCAUCACUAAUUGUGUUCAAGUGAACGAAAUAUUGACAGAUGCAGCCUUGUUGAAGCGGCAAAAACUAGAGAUCGAGGAUCUUCGUAAGAAGCUUCAGGGAUCUCAUGCUGAGGUGCUAGAGCAAGUGAUCUUGACUUUGUGGAAUGAUUUGCUCAAGCAUGAAUUAGAGAGGGAGAAGCUGCAGAUGGAACUGGAAGACGAGAGGAAAUCACACAGAGAACAUGAUAAAAGCAUUUGGGAGCAGCAGAUGAAAAUUGUUGAUCUUUGCGAUAUUGUCACUUCGUCAGGCUUUGACGCGAAAUCUGGUCAGGGUCAGGAUUCUGUGACACAAAGCCUUAAGCAAGAAUGCAAUGACAGCAAUAGUAUGUGUCAUGGAGAUACUUGCAGAACCCCUUGUUUCAAGGCAUCUCCUAAAGCCUUUGUAGUCAAGCGCUCAAGCUACUUAAUGCUCCCUGAUUAUAGCCCUCUUCCAGAUACAUUUAGCAAUGUGGUUGAUGAAGACACAUGGCUGAGAAUCAAUAAAGGUCACAUAGUUGACCUUGAUUCACUUCAAAUGACUCCUGCAAGAAAAGUUCAAUCGUUUCCUUCAAGUGAUGCUACUCCUGCUCGUUCAUCUGAGAAUUAUAGACAAGAGGUCCAACAUCUCAAAAGACAGUUGCUGAUUGCCACUGAAGAGAGGAAUGAAUUGGAGAGAGAGCACGCAGAGCAAAUACUGUUGAACCAUCGACUAAUGGAUGACAUAUCCGGGCUCCAAAAAGAAGCAAAACUUAUACUAGAAAUGCCGAAAAGGCUAAGUAAAUCUGUGGCAAAUUGCAAGGAUAUCUAUGGGGAUGUUUUGUCAAUAAUGCAGAGUUUUGUGUUUGAUGAGAAAUCCACAAGUGCAAAAUUGCUAUCGAGCACAAGUGAAAUUGGUAUGUGCCUUUUUAGGACCUUGGAAACUCAUUUCUCAAUGGGAAUGGAUGACCAUAUUCCUUUCACUGGGAACAAUUCUUUGAUUCAAGAGCAACGUAAAGUGCUUUAUGAGAAGUUGAAUAGCACAAUUACAUCCCUGGUAUUAUCGCAAACACCAACAGCUGAGAAUGAACAGCUGGAGGCUAAACAGUGUAGCUGUGAAAAUAAGGUAGUUGCCUGGUCACAAUUAUCAAGAUUUCAUGCAUUAAUUAUGAUUUUAUUCUCCAUCAUGUUGUUAGGACUUUUUUAUUUAAAUUUUUCAGCAUUUUGAUUCUUUAAUUAUGUGUUCUAUUUAUUUUGACUGAGUCAUACGAUAAGUGGCUUUCUGGAAUAGUAUGAGAAUAUGAGCAAAUAAGUAACUCAAGUUUGAAAAGUGCUUAGAUUUUUGUUCAAUUUCAGGAAAUACAGUGGGGCAUUGUCUCAUCUUAGUUUCCCUUCGAUAAUUUUUGUAUCUGAAAAAAUUGAAAGAUCAAAUCUUUUUUUCC